CCCCCACCCACCCACACCCACACCCACACCCACACCCACACACCCACACCCGCACCCUCAAAUAUGUGUGAAUGUUUUAAUAAAUGAAGAACGUCAAGCAUUAUCAAAUGCAUUAAAUUCCUCUGUAUCAACACCAACAUCAUCACAAGAUGAUUCGACAAAUCAUUUUAUGAAUCAUCAUGCUAAUGUUUGA